CUGUUGUAGGGGAAAGGCUGUAGGUCUGCAGAUAAGGCUGUUGCCAUGGUGAUGAAGGAGAUACCAAGUAAGGAGUCUACAGAAGGAAAACCUCUCCUCACUAUGACAUCCCAGCUGGUGAACGAACAGCAGGAAAGCAGACCCCUCCUGAGUCCCUCCAUUGAUGACUUCCUGUGUGAAACAAAAUGCCAUGGAGCCUCACGGCUAGUAACCUCGAAUACAGCAGUCCUCACGACAGGUCUGGAUCUGUUAGACCUGAGUGAACCUGCAGUGAAAAGCCAUAGCAAGAGUAAAAGGAAUGAGCUGACACUGAGGAGCGAAGGGUUCAAGGGAACAUCCCAUAGGAGGAAGACUGAGGAGACAGAGCUCAUCAAAGUGGACAUUGAGCACAGUAUACAGAGCUCCCGGACCCCAGAGAGAGUAUCAUUAGACUCUGUCAAUAUCCAGUCACCCCUGGAUAAGUGGGAGGAGGUUAAUUUACAUGGAGAAAGGAAUGGAAGUAGAAAAUGGAAAACAGAGAAAAGACGCUCUUCUAAAAAUGCAUCAAGUGAAUUUCUAUGGUCUACAGAGAACUGGACACACACUCAAUCACCUGCAAAAGUUUUCAUGGAAGCCAACUCCUCCUCAGAACUAGAACCGGCCCCAGCAUCUCAGGGUCGACUAGGCAAGGAGCAUCGCUGGGGAAGCUCGAUCCUGUCACGAAAUCAUUCCCUGGAAGAAGAAUUUGAAAGAGCAAAGGCAGCUGUAGAGUCUGAUACAGAAUUCUGGGAUAAAAUGCAGGCAGAGUGGGAGGAAUUGGCCCGUAGAAAUUGGCUGACAGAAAACCAGGAGCCGCAGAUCCCAUUGAAUGUCUCCCUACAUGAAAAGGGCUACUACUUCCACACUGAUAACCCGUACAAGGACUGGCCCAACGCCUUUGAAGAUGCAGUAAGGAAAGUGAGGGAAGGCGACCUGCCCAAUGCUGUCUUACUGCUGGAAUCAGCGAUACUGCAGGACCCCCACGACCCAGAGGCUUGGCUAGUUCUGGGUACCACACAGGCGGAGAAUGAGAAUGAACAGGCAGCCAUAGUUGCUCUCCAGAGAUGUCUAGAACUGCAUCCCAACAACCUCCAGGCUCUGAUGGCUCUAGCGGUGAGCCUCACCAACACAGGGAUGCAGCAGGAGGCCUGCGAGGCCCUCAGAAAAUGGAUCAGACACCAUCCCAAAUACAAGCACCUGGUGAAGAGCAAAACAGCAUCCCCAACCUCUUCACGGAGGAUGUCCUGGGGCUCUCUUAGCAGCAGCUCCCAGCUACCGGAGGUAAAAGAUCUGUAUUUGGAAGCAGUCCAACAGAACACAAAUGUGAUCGACCCAGAUCUACAGACGGGUCUGGGAGUGCUCUUCAACCUGAGCGCUGAGUUCAACAGGGCUGUGGAUGCAUUUAAUGCUGCUCUUGCUGUCAGGCCAGAGGACUACUUGUUAUGGAACAGGCUGGGUGCCACGCUGGCGAAUGGAGACCGCAGCGAGGAGGCUGUCGAGGCCUACACUAAAGCUCUUGAAAUUCAGCCCGGCUUCAUUCGGUCAAGAUACAACCUAGGAAUCAGCUGCAUCAACUUGGGAGCACACAGAGAAGCUGCUAGCAAUUUCCUCACUGCCUUGAGCCUGCAGAGGAAGAGCAGAAGUCGGCAGUUGUCCCACCAGGUCAUUUCAGGUAACAUCUGGGCAGCCUUGAGGAUAUCCCUGUCCAUGAUGGACCAGCCAGAACUCUUCCAGGCAGCUAACAUAGGUGACCUGGACUUGCUUUUGAAGGCUUUCAACCUGGAGAAGUAAAAAAAAAAAAAAUCUUGG